GCCCUGGCAGCAGCAGCAGCAGGAUGGAGGCGAUGGAGCUGCGGCCGUACCAGCAGGAAGCCGUGGCCCCAGCCCUGCGUGGUCUCAACAGCCUGGUGUGGCUGCCCACGGGCGCCGGCAAGACCCGCGUUGCCGUCCACGUGUGCUGGCAGCACCUGCAGAGCCGGCGGGGUGGGAAGGUGGCUGUGCUGGUCAACAAGGUGCACUUGGUGGAGCAACACGCCACGAAGGAGUUCAGCGCGCUGCAGGACAGCUUCAGGGUGACUGCCAUCAGCGGGGACAGCAGCCACAAGUCCUUCUUUGCCUGCGUGAUGAAGAGAAGCGACGUCGUCAUCUGCACGGCCCAGAUCCUGCAGAACGCGCUGCUCAGCGCCGAGGAGGACACGCACGUGGAGCUGACGGAUUUCUCGCUGCUGGUGAUAGAUGAGUGCCACCACACGCACAAGGAAGCUGUCUACAACAAAAUCAUGCUCAGUUACCUGCAGCGCAAGCUCAGCGGGCAGCGAGAGCUGCCGCAGGUCCUGGGCCUGACGGCGUCCCCUGGCACUGGGGGGGCAACCUCCGAGAAGGAGGCCGUGGAGCAUAUCCUCCAGAUCUGCGCCAACCUGGACAUUGAGAAGAUCGCGUCGGUGCAGGAGGAGGUGCAGCAGCUGCAGAGCCACGUCCCCCAGCCCAGGAAGCAGUAUGACCUGUGCCAGGAGAGAGCGCAGGACCCUUUUGCCGAGCAGCUGAAGAAGGUGAUGGAGCAGAUCCAUCAAUACAUGGAGAUACCCAACGUGCUGCAGGACUUUGGCACACAGACCUACGAGCAGUACAUUGUGGAUCUGGAGAAGAGAGCGGCAGAGACCUUUAGCCGCCGGACGCGGGUGUGCGCGCUGCACCUGCGCAGGUACAACGACGCGCUGCUGAUCAACGACGCGGUGAGGAUGAGCGACGCCUUCCGCUGCCUCCAGCAGUUCUACGACACCGAGAGGGACAUGAAAGACCCCACUGAACGGUUCCUCGCCGCCACCUUUGAGGAGAACAGGGAGAAGCUUCAGGCUCUGUCUGGGGACCAGCGCUACGAGAACCCCAGGCUGAGCAAACUGGAGGAGAUCCUGCGGGAACACUUCCAGCCUCUGGGCAUCUCUCGUGGCAUUGUGUUCACCAAGACCCGUCAGUGUGCCCACAGCCUGCUGGGCUGGCUGCAGGACACGGGUGCGCUGUGCGGGCAGCACGUCAGGGCUGCCGUCCUCACCGGUGCCGGCUGCGGCAGCCAGACCGGCCGCAUGACACAGAACGAGCAGCAGGAUGUGAUCAAGCUGUUCCGUGAGGGAGCCCUCAACCUGCUCUUCUCCACCAGCGUGGCCGAGGAGGGGCUGGAUAUCCCUGAGUGCAACAUCGUGGUCCGCUAUGGGCUGAUGACCAAUGAGAUUGCCAUGUUGCAGGCCCAAGGCCGUGCCCGUGCCAAAAACAGCGUCUACUCUGUCCUCGCCAAAGCCAACAGCAGAGAGGUCUCUCGUGAGCUGCUCAACGAGAACCUCGUCGAGCUCAUGGAGAAGGCGAUCCGGGUGGUGCAGGCCAUGCCCGAGCGGGAGUACCGGCUCAAGAUCAAGGAGCUGCAGCAAGUUGCUGUUGCCAGCUGGCUGCUGAAGGAGGCCAGGAUCAGGGAGAGGCGGCAGCUGCACGACCCGGAGGCCGUUUACCUCUACUGUGUCAACUGCAGUGUGGCAGUGUGCCGUGGCAGCGACAUCCGCACCGUGGAGGGCAUGCACCACAUCAACAUCAACCCCAGCUUUGGGUUAUAUUACAAAGUAUCCUCUGGGAAACUGCAGUUCCAGCGGACUUUCAAGGACUGGGAGCCUGGCUGCCGCAUCUCCUGCAGCGAGUGCAGCCAGGACUGGGGAAUGGAGAUGAUGUACCGGCAGGUGAAGCUGCCCAUUCUCUGCAUCAAAAACUUUGUGGUGGAGACACCAGAUGAAAAGAGGAGGUACAAGAAGUGGAGUGCCGUGACAUUCCCCAUCAAGGAGUUUGACUACAUGGAGUACUGCUCCAGCACUCAUGGCCUGACCUUCUAGCACAGGCUCUGCACUGAAGAGGACUAUUCUUAGGCCACCCCUUGGGGCAAUGGCACCAUCCCUCCAGGCCCAUGCAGACAGAAAGCCAUGGCUCCUCUUUUCCUCGCUGGACCGAGCUCCUGUGGCAUAUCUCUUUGUAGAGUCUGUGCCUGUGCAGCCCUGCCAGCUGAGCCAGCUGUUGCACGUGGGCCCAGGACAUGGCCCAGCGUUUCUCUGGGUGUCUCAUCUGCUUUGGGGAUUCUCCUCCAUUAAAAAAACAUGUGUGGGAA